UUGUAUCCUCUUGUCGAACAGAGCUCGUUGUCGAGAUAACGAUGGCCUCUUCGUGCAAAGUUGCCGCCUUUUCUCUUCUCUCUCUCCGGAAACCAUCGUCUCCUCCGAAAUCUAUGCUUAUCUUCCCCGGCGGCGAUAGGACAUGGAGGUCGCGGUCUGUCUGGCGAGGUAAACUGGUGGUUUCCUCUCUAUUUCCGCCGAUUCGUUGCUCAUCCACGGACGAUCCCAAUACCUCCGGGGAGAGUGGAUCAAGUUUUUGCAUCAUCGAAGGCCCGGAGACACUCCGGGAUUUUGUGCAGAUGGAACAGCAAGAGAUUCAAGACAACAUAAAAAGUCGGAGAAACAAAAUCUUUCUCCUCAUGGAAGAGGUCAGGAGAUUGCGUGUACAACAGCGCAUAAAGAGUGCAGAGUAUAUUGAUGAGAACAAUGAUGAAAAUGAGAUGCCUGAUAUUCCGUCAACUCUUCCAUUUCUUCCCCACAUGACACCGAAAACUUUGAAGCAACUAUACUUGACUGCUUUCUCAUUCAUAUCUGGGGUAAUUGUCUUUGGAGGUCUUGUUGCACCAGUGUUGGAGCUUAAGCUUGGACUCGGGGGUACCUCUUAUGAAGAUUUUAUUCGCAGCAUGCAUUUGCCACUGCAAUUAAGUCAAGUAGAUCCUAUUGUGGCAUCAUUUUCUGGUGGAGCAGUGGGUGUAAUUUCAGCAUUGAUGUUGCUUGAAGCCAACAAUGUCGAGCAGCAAGAGAAGAAGAGAUGCAAGUACUGCCAUGGCACUGGAUACUUGGCUUGUGCUCGAUGCUCGUCGAGCGGUGUGCUUGUAAGUGCUAAACCAUUGUCAAUUGCUGGUGGCUGUGAACAUCCUUUACAACCUCCUCAAACUCAAAGGUGUCCAAAUUGUGCCGGGGCGGGGAAGGUUAUGUGCCCCACAUGCCUUUGCACCGGUAUGGUAAUGGCAAGUGAACAUGAUCCUCGCAUUAAUCCGUUCGAUUAAAGAUAAAGAGAAAUCUAGUUAUUUGGCAUUGCUAACUCCAGACAGUCGACUGUCGUCCUUCUGAGUUAUGUUUUGUUGUUUGUAUGAAUGUUUAAUGAUCGGAGAAUAUGGUGCUGGACAUGCUCCGGGAAUCUUGUAUUAUGUUUUUUGUUCAAUAAAUACAUGGUUUGGGAUA